GCGCUACAGUUUGGUUGUCACGGAAACCAGCCCCUCAUCAAACAGCGGCCACACUAGCAACUGCAGCAAGCGACACCGUCAACGAAGUCGAGGUAAUAAUUGUCGACAUUUCGUCUGUGGUUGUGAUGCAGGGUAACAGGAAUGGGAUGAUUCCCUUCCCACCACCCAUCAGCAGAGACAGGGUCAUCUGGGAAUUCCCAAAGUGCUACACGCUUAAUGCCUCUCUGCAGCUGAAGAAAGAUUGGGACAUUCAGGCUAAAGCGGCCUGUAAAGACGGAGCCGCUAGGCAUCAGCCGUGGGACCGGCAGAGAAUGUCAAAAGUGGUGGUUGUUGGAGACCUUAAUGUGGGGAAGACCUGCCUCAUUAACAGGUUUUGUAAAGAUGUAUUUGAAAGAGACUAUAAGGCCACCAUAGGCGUAGACUUUGAAAUUGAGAGGUUUGAGGUAUCUGGAGCACCUUUCUCCCUUCAGAUCUGGGAUACUGCUGGGCAGGAAAAAUUCAAGUGCAUCGCGUCUGCAUACUACAGAGGUGCUCAGGUCAUUAUCACAGUCUUUGACAUGGCAGACAUUAAGUCCCUGGAUCAUACACGCCAAUGGUUGGAGGAGGCCUUGAGAGAAAAUGAGCCUGACUCCUGUUUCAUCUUCUUGGUUGGAACUAAGAAUGACCUGAUGCCUUUAGAUGAAAGACAGAGAACAGAAAAAGAUGCCAUUGGGAUAGCAACAGAAAUGCAUGCAGAGUUUUGGGCUGUUUCGGCUAAAACGGGUGAGAACGUGCAGGGUUUUUUCUUCAGAGUGGCAGCUUUGGCCUUUGAGAAGUGUGUGCUGAAGGACAUGGAGAAUGGGCUCCCUGCUACCAUCGGACAUGGAGGUAGUAUCAAAUCAGAUUGUGUGAACCUAGAGAAAGCCUCGUCCCAAGACAUGAAGAGAGGCUGCUGCUGAUGAAACAAGGAACUCUCACAGUGUGCUGUUAAGGAGAGCGGAACCAGACACAGGCUCUCUUUGAGCUUCAGCUGCAGAAAUGAAAGUGACUGACCAUGUUCAAAUGUGCCUUAGGACAUGUUCCACUAGGUUUCUCACCAUUAAAGUCAUCAAAACUGCCAUGCAUUCUAUUGCAAAGGGUUCAACUUGUAUGUGCUCCUGAAAGCCAGCUGUUUUAGGAUUGAAGCUGACAAAAAUGAACUCUUUUUGCGGAUACAAAAUAUUAUGAAUUUGUCCGUUUUCAUUGGAAAGCUGUCAGUAUUUAAUACAGAAUUUAGACAAUAGUAAACCCAAGAUAAAACACAAUACAAUGCCAGUAACAAAUCUGACAAAUCAGUGUGUUUCAUUAAAAUAAGUUGAAUUUAUCGUAUUCUCAUGAAGUAUUGGUCACUUCUGCAAUACCUGUACAACCUCCACUAUGUCCAUCACCUCAGCAGUGGAUAGUAGUCCCUGGACCAUACUCAUUUAUGACAUACCAAUAUGGCCCCUGGUGAAACCUUUGUAUGGAUGCUUUUGAUUUUCUUUGCUGCUUUCAUAGUGUUUGUUUUUUUCAUACAGUAUUGUUGUGGAAUAUGUCUAAUAUCUGAAUAUGUGUAUAGGUUGUACUCUGUGAGCGAGGAAACCAAAUCUUAAUGUUUACUUUUAAGUAAUAAAAGUGUAAAUGAGUCCACUCUUAACUCUACAAAUAUAAUGAUCACGACAUUAUAAUGUAAUUUCUUAAAGUAGUAUCUUGAUUCAUUGGAGCGAAGGCUAACUAUAGCAGCUGUGCAUUUAUGA